AUGGUGCUCCAACCUCAGGGUAAUAAUCGCUUCAGAAAGCGUCAGGGAAACGUAUUCCUCGGGGGAACCGGUCAGGCUACAGAUAGCUGCCAGAAUGCCGUGGUCUACAAUCUGGUCAAUGGGCAGCUGUUUGCGAACUCCAGUGCCGGAGCCUUGCAAUUCGGCACCACUUCUGGAACGACGUAUGCAAAUUUUACAGCCAGUGCCAGUCCCGGAGACAUAACCACUGCCUUUUCUGUUGACACUCAAAACAAUCUUAUGUGGAGCAAUGCCGCGUUUUACAACAACAGGGCAAGAUUUUGUGUCCUUCCGGACAACACAAUUGUGGCCGUCUUUAGCGACCCGUUGGUGGCGCCAUCCGAUUGUCUUUUUUGGUUCAUCAGGGCCGUCGGGUCUCGCUUCGGCCGAAAGUGCCCUGCAAUGUCGACGUCGGUUGACCUUCAAGCUAUCCUUAAUGCUCUGGAUGUUCUCAUACUGAUUUUGGUCGUCUUUAGCCCUUCGGGCCCGACAGGUCCCACAGGCGCAACUGGAGUACAGGGGGACCAGGGUGCCCCAGGUCCGACCGGAGCUACUGGACCAACAGGUGCCACCGGUGCUCAAGGGCCCUCUGGUCCCUCUGGUCCAGCAGGAGCUGCUGGCCCUACCGGAGCUACAGGUGUCACGGGUGCAACGGGGCCAACCGGACCCGCGGGUCCUUCUGGACCAUCAGGACCAUCGGGCCCCUCAGGCCCUGCCGGGGCGACAGGUGCAACAGGGCCCAAGGGCGCAGACUCGAUCCAAUUCGCCUACCUGGGAUGCUGGGCGCAGGGAUGCAACUCAGCCGGCACGUGCGUCGCGCUGGGGAACUACGGAUUCGACAGCCCGAGCACCAACGGCGGCUUCAACGCCACGCUGACGGGCAGCGCGACGGCCAACAUCGACGCGCAGUGCGCCCGGAUCUGCAUCACCAAAAACGGCGCCAACUUUCUCGGCACCGUCAGCGCCGCCUCCGGGGCCACCGCCGACUGUUACUGUGGCGCGGCCAUCACCGGCACCGUCACCCUGCUGUCCAACUGCGUUCCGUGCUACGGGCAGAGCGUGGGCCUUUGCGGCAGGUCUCAGAUGUCGAUCGCCGUGUAUGCGAGGGCGUUUUGA